CUUCCUUGUUCCGCACAUCGCUCUAAGACUGUGAAGAGUAGUGGGGCAGACAAUCUCUCCUCAAACCCACAUGAGUCUGCCUUAUUCCUCAUCAGCACACUCAUACAGAAUGGCCAUCACCUCGUUUCCCGCAAGACCCUCCCCCUCCACUGCGGAGCUCAAGCAAUUCUAUGUCGGCAAAGACAUCAACGACGUGCCCAAACCGGCCGUCGUGCUGGACGUGGCCAUCAUCAAGAAACACUGCCAGGCCAUGCUGGACGCAGCCACAGCGCUGAAUGUUGGAUUCCGCGCCCACGUCAAGACCCAUAAAACCCCACAAGCCACCCGCCUCCAGGUAGGCGAGUCGAGCCAAGAGGUCAACCUGGUCAUCUCCACGGUCCUCGAGGGCGAGAUGCUCGUGCCCCUGCUCCAAGAAUUCCAGCGCGCCGGGCGUUCCGUCAACGUGCUGUACGGCAUCCCCCUCGUGCCGUCGCAGGUGCCCCGUCUCGCCGCACUCGCCCGCCUACUAGGCGAGAAGAGCAUCUCCGUCAUGAUCGACCACCCGGACCAGGUCGAUCUCCUCGCAACAUUCCGUGAAGUCUCCGGCCACGCCGCCUGCAUAUUCCUGAAGGUGGACUCCGGGUACCACCGCGCGGGGCUUCCGCCGAACAAGCUCAACAAAAACGGGCUGCUGGAGAAGGUCGCGGCCGCGGAGGAGCAGGGCCACGCGUCGCUUCUGGGGUUGUACUCCCACAACAGCUUGAGCUAUUCGGGAUCUACGCCAGAAGAGUUGAUGGCAUAUCUGAAUGAGGAGAUUUCCAGCUGCAGGGAAGCGCUGAAACAGAACCUCCAGCUGCUCCCGACCGACCGGGAGUUGGUCAUCAGUGUCGGCGCGACGCCGCAGGUGGUUUCCUCGCAGCACCUGUUGCAUGAAUCCCUCAGUCCCGGAGCCCGGGCGCUGAGGAACCUCCUUCACGGCCCAGACCACGACGUCAACGCGAAGGUCAAGGUUGAGCUUCAUGCGGGCGUGUAUCCGUUUCUCGAUAUGCAGCAGCUGGGGACCAAUGUGCACAAGACACGGGAUGCCGAGAGCGAGAUCGGCAUCUCCGUGAUCGCUGAAGUGUGCAGCGUCUACAACAAUGGGGAGCGUUCGCAACCUGAAGCGCUGGUCGCGGCAGGCUCCUUGGCUCUGGGGAGAGAGCCGGCCGCCUCGUAUCCCGGGUGGGGGCUUAUCAGUGCUUGGAGACGGGAACCGGGCGCUUCCCGACUCCUUGUGCAGCGCAUCAGCCAGGAGCACGCUAUCGUUGCUUGGGAGGAUGAAAGCGACCAGUCAAAGAUCCCUCUCAAGCUUGGCCAGUCUGUGAAGAUUUUCCCCAACCAUGCGUGUAUCACCGGUGCCCUGUAUGGAUGGUAUUUGAUUGUAGAUUCCAGUGAAGAUGGCGAUGGGUCUAGGAUUAUUGACGUAUGGCCGAGAAUCAAUGGCUGGUAAAAUAUAUCGAUAUGAAG